AUGUCGUCGUCCAGCAGCUCUCGAUUCCUCACCAAAUCGUUACCAACGCAUUCAAAACCAAAAUUUGCCUUUGCAACGUACAAAAAGUAUAAUAGACCAAUAAAUAAUCGUGUUACGAAUAACCAAGGGUCCACUUCGUUCCCCGGUGAACCUUCUUCAUUCGGUGGAACCGACGAUGACCUCACAAACGCCUCUCAGACCAACCACGCGAAGGAACCAAAUGAUUCGCAUGACCAGCAAAAUAAUCAAGAUAGCGAUGAAGGUUCGAAAGUAAUUUUGGGUCUAAUUGUUUCACAAAAUGAAUUAGCGUCGGCUGCAUCGACGUCAGAAAAUAUGAAAUAUGAUAUUUUUGAUGAGUUUUUAGAGUAUGGGGUGAAGGACAAAUCUCAAUUCUACGGUAACUUUAAGAGGAACAGAAAUAGCGGCAAGAAGGAUAAUAACAAUGGAAGUAACAUCAUCGUCAACAAGAGGACGAAUAAUGUCUUCAAUGAAAAAAAGACGAAACGAUCCCUGAAUCAAGACGAAAAUGUAAAAAGAAUACGAACCCAUACCUAUGAUACGGAUCGCAGUCAUUCCAAAGGCGAAAAGAUUCGUAAAGAGGUAUUGAAAGACGUAGAAGAGAUCAGAAAAGAAAUUACGAAACGCGCAUUGACCGACAAGUCAAACAAAAAAUCACGAGAUCCUUCGAAUCUGCAUCAUGAGGUCGUGGAGGUGGAUUCUGCGUUUGUAACCGGAAACAAUGAACUGGAAUUCGUGAAGAGAAGCAUGGAAUCCGAGCAACGUGUCGGUUUUCGGGUUUUUCGGGAUUUCGAAAGUGAAAGUCAUAAUACUGGAAACGAUGGUGAUAAGCCGAAAGGUGACAAAGAUUUAUCGCCUGAUGUCGAGAUUGAGGACGAUAUCAGUGACCUUGAAGAUUGGCACAACAUGAAACCUUUGAUGACCUCAACGCCCACCGACGAGAAACAUGAGUUUCCUCAAAAAUACGUGCCGGUAGAUUCUGACACAUCAUUUGACAAAGAAAUCACGGGGAUCAUUACUUUGGGAGAAAAGGAGAUGGAAUGCGACAAUGUCUCAAAGAUACGGGAAGAAAAGGAAGAAAAUAUUGUGGUUUUAGGAGAGCAAGAGGUGGAAGACGGCGGCGUUCCGAUGGUGCUGGAAGCGCAAGAGAAGCUGCAAGAGGUAAACGAACCGAACGAAAAUCAAUUGGAAAAAACAAUACAAGAAACCGCACAACCACUGAUUAACGAACAAGGAGAGAAAAAAACUGUACGCCGAAAACAAAAAACAACUCGCAAUUUGUCUCCCGAUCCACUUACAGUUCCAUGGAAAGCGGACGACAGAUAUAUUAUACCUCUACCACAUGAUCUCUCAACGAACGAUGUACAAAGGAAGGAAAGGAAGGGUCGAGGUUUUAGUCAGCACAAAAGGUGA